UCAGACGUUCAAUAUCACAAGGGGGGAAAGUUGGCGGAGAUCUAUGAAAGAUAUUGGCUAUUGGAUAUUGAACCAGUUGAUCCAAUAUUUUCAAUGUUUGACAACACCUUCGAUCGUUUCCUAAUUCUAUAACUCAACCAACCGUCAUCGUUGUCAUCUCUGUCCUCUCUCUGUCCUAUCUGUCAUCUCCUGACAGAAUAUCCCUCUUUCCACGCGAUCCUUCGUACGCCCACCUGGACAUUCCUCGCUUCAUCAGCCAUUCGCGUGUUGGCAAGACAUUUUUCUAUUUCUAUUGGAGCUAGGAUCAAGCCAUGAUUGAUCUCCCUUAAGUGUCUUCGUCUUUGCUUCGUCGCUAUUGAUCCUUUUCCCCAUUGCUUUUCUAGCCCGUCUAGAGUUCAGCUUGCCCCUAUCAUUCAGCUACCUAAUGCUCCAUUGACUUGCUCUCGAACUCUCCGGACUACAGAUGAUUGCAAGUUUCCCCCAUCCCAAGAGGGAGUCGAAAAGACCACCCUUUCUAGCUCCUCAACGAUCAUAAUGGCAUUGACCGUGAAGCACCUUAACUCCGACGCCUCAUUCCUCUUAUCCUUUGAGCCCAUCAUACCCGAAUUCGCUCAGGGUACAAUUAAACCAUUCACAGUUCUUCUUGACCCUUGGAUAACAGGACCCUCUAAGAUCUUUCAUUCUAAAAUCUCGAUUUCGACUCACAUACAUCCAGCAUGCAUAUCCUCGCUGUCAGAACUGCCGGCUCCGCCGGAUCUCGUCAUCAUCAGUCAGCAUAAGAGUGAUCAUUGCAAUGAAGCUACUUUGCGGCAGUUACCGGCCAAGGGAACAAAUACUCUGAUACUUGCUGAGCCACAAGCAGCACGGCUAAUCAAGAGUUGGAAGUAUUUCGACGAGAAGAAGGUCCGGACGAUAGAGCGGUGGGAAGAUCCGAGGUUGACGGGCAAACAGUCGGUCAUACGAGUUCCUGUCCCGCCUACAACGCCCGGCGGCCAAGGAGGCGAGGUGACCGUCGCCUUCAUACCACAGAAACGUGACUUAGCAGGCCUACAUGCAGCAAUCGGUAUUACGUACCGACCUCCGCCAACACAUAACCUGAGGUAUUAUCUUCCUACCAUAUCGAAGUCACCCACGCCGCCUGCCACUCCCAAUACGCCUACCACCCAGGUUUCUAUUGCAACGUCCACGAACACUCUAUCCAUACCUGAUACGCUUCUCUCACCGCCUACACCACCGGUAUCGCCUCACUCCCUACGCUCUGUCCAGUCUGCCUCGACCUUGAUUCCUUCCCCGGCACGCCCAACACCAAGUGUCCAGUUCCCGCGUUCCACAUCUUAUAAUCUCAUACGGCCGGCCACUUCGAACGGACAUACCCGUCCUAUCUCCGUCCUAUUCUCACCACACGGGAUCUCAUACGCUCACCUAGAACCUUAUGCCACCUCACACCUAGUAGCCGAGGCAGCGCUCCCAUUGACGGCACUCUUACAUUGCAUGGAUAGUGUAUCAAACCCAUGGUGGCUCGGCGGCAACAUAUGCGCGGGAGUACCAACCGGCGCCGAGAUAGCAACGAGACUAGGCGCGAGGGUAUGGAUCAGCGCACACGACGGCGAAAAGGACGUCCGGGGCUUAGCCACGGGGAUGCUCAAAACACGACGAUGGAACCGCGACGAAGUCGAAACCGCCCUCGGCCCUCACCCCGAAAAGAAGACCGGCGAGAAACCGAAACACGCGAGAAAAGGAAGUAACGGUAGCAUCGGCGGCGUGAGCACGGAGAUCAUGCGUCUCGGCAGCGGCGACGAGGUCGUCGUCUCCGGAAGCGGUAUGUUGUGGUCUUCCGAGAGUCUAAAAGACCAAUGGGCCCUCGAUAACGCGAAACCAUACGCUACCAUGAAGGCCCAGGAGUUCGGCAAACUGACGCCGCUGGACCCGAAUAACGAAAAGGCUUCUGGCUUGAAGUCGAGGAGGUCGUUUAGGGGUGGGCUUUCGAUGAGGUUUAGAUCUACGACGGCUUUUGCGACGGCUUGAUACUUUUAAAGUUUGGGACCGAAAAUUUUUGAGAUUAUGACGCCUUCGUUUUUUAUGAUAACAUUUUUAAUGCGGUUUACCGGGAAGAGCUCGCUUUUAUUCCACGAUGAGAUUAGGACCUUUGGCUACGUACCUAGGUACGUUUUAGCGCGGGCGAGAGAAAUAUAAAAUCGAAAAGAUACCAGGGACGGAUGGGCGGGAUUCGAUUUAUUUUACCUGUUUAUAUUUAUUACGCGGGUUGGUUUAUGAUGGUGGGUUUGACGGUCUAACUCUCAUUUAGACCUUUGCAUUAUUGGAUACGGAAAUUGGGGUUAUAUCGGUCGGAAAUGGAUGUUCGAUUCGGGACAAAGGCGUCGGUAUUUGGGGGUUAGGGAUUCUACGGACUUUAGGUUCUGGGUUUGGGAAACGGGCAAAGAAGAAAAGCUGUAAGGCUAUCCCCGUGGUAUACGAGACUACCGCAUCGUGGAUAUGGAUGGAA